ACCAUCAGAGACCAAGCCAUCAGGUUCCAUUAGCUGCUUGGUAGUUGAUAAUCCUAAUAACAGAACAAAACAGAGCAGAGCAAGCCAUGGAACCUAUCACACUUUCCUUGUCUCUCAUCCUCCCAAUCUUUCUAAUUGCACUCAUUUUCUAUGCUUUCAAACCCAAAUCCUCUAAGAAAUACAAUCUUCCUCCUGGAAGUUUUGGAUGGCCGAUCAUCGGAGAAACUCUGGGGUUCAUGAAUGAGGCCCAUGAGAAAUGGAUCGGGGACAGAAUGAAGAAAUACUCUUCCAAAAUCUUCAAAACCAGAGUUUUGGGUGAGAAUAUGGUGGUACUGUGUGGCACUGCUGGUCACAAAUUCGUAGCUGCCAACGAGGAGAAGCUUUUCAUUGCAUGGAGACCAGAGUCCAUGCAGAAGCUGUUCCGGUCUUCGUAUCAGAAAGAUGCAAAAGCUCCACAAUCAAGAAAGGCCGAGACGCAGAUCACAAAAGCUCCCGGAUUCAUCAAACCAGAGGCUUUGGUUAAAUACGCCGAAGCAAUGGAUGCCAUCGUUGACAAACACUUCAAAACUUAUUGGGAAGGUAAAGAGGUGGUCGAGGUCCAUCACCUUUCACAGGUUAUGGUUCUCCAAUUGGCUGGCCGAUUCUUCUUGGGGAUCGGGGACGAUGCGAGGAUCGAGAAGAUCGCAAAAUUGAUGGACAAAAUGAUGUUGGCUCUGCAUAUUACGCCCAUCAACUAUCCCGGAAGCACUUUCAACCAGGCAAUGAAAGCAACCAAUGCUCUGAGGGAUGACCUCCAGUUGUUGAUCAAGGAAAAGAAAGCUGCUUUCGCUAACGGAGCCAAACCUCAAGAUAUUCUUUCCUACUUGAUCGUUAGCGCUGAUCCAGCUACCGGACAAUCCCAGCCCGACCAUGUGAUCGCUGAUAAGAUUAUGGGGCUCUUGGCCGCUGCUUUCAACUCUCCUUCAAUGACAAAUGCUUUCCUGAUGAAAUACCUUGCUAACAAUCCCAAAGUGUUCGACAAAGUCCGAGCUGAACAAAUGGAGAUUGCAAACUCAAAGAAGCCAGGUGAAACACUCAACUGGGAGGAUUUUCAGAAGAUGAAAUAUUCAUGGAAUGUUGCACUUGAAGUGAUGAGGAUCGUACCACCUCUCCAAGGAACAUUCAGAGAGGCUGCAGCUGAUUUCACAUACGAAGGCUAUACAAUCCCAAAAGGCUGGAAGGUGUAUUGGACCGUGAGCACUACAAAUUUUGACUCAAACAUAUUUGAAGCACCAGAAGAGUUUGACCCAACAAGGUUUGAGAAAUCAACCCCACCACCAUACACAAACAUCCCAUUUGGAAGUGGACCAAGAAUGUGCCCAGGAAUGGACUAUGCUCGCCUUCAGACUCUCACUUUUAUCCAUCAUGUUGUUAAGCGUUUCAAAUUGGAAGUCGUUGAUCCUAAUUUCAAGGUUUUGGGAGGUCUCAAUCCCAUCCCAAUUGAAGGGCUUCAUAUUAGACUCCAGAAAAUAUCAGCGUAGGCAUUUGAUGCUCAGAAGACGACGUUGUCUUUUUCAGCUGGUGGACUUGCUUCAAUUUGUUCAGCAUAUGAUAUGUGCAUGGUAGCAUAUAUAUAUAUAUAUAUACACUAUAGGUGUAUGUAUGAAGCCAUAUAGUAAUCUUGCUGUUAUGCUUCUUGUUUUUAAUUUUUUGUGGUGUAUUGCUGUUAUGUUACCUGUUAUUUAGCCGAAUAAGAGUGUACUGUUUUUGUACCUCUUUUUUACUC